UUUUAAUCCAGGACAUAAUCUUUGCACUAAAUUCCAUCACAUUAUAUGUGCAGUCUUUAGCUCAACGCACACGAGCGCUGCCCAUGCCCCCGGCGUGUCGGCGAGGGGCGGGGCGACGAGAGGGGAUCACCGAGGAGCUCCUCCCCCCUCCAGGCUGCGGUCACCGGGGUUGCUGGACCGGAGCAACUCGGCACCAACAACUAGCCGCCGGCUGCUCCUCCGUGCUGAGGGAAGACUCGGUGCAGCCAGGAGACUGCCCCGCCGUGCCUGCCCGCCCAGCCCCGCGGUCCACGGUGAACGACAUGGCCUCCGACGGCAUGGACGAGCGAUCUCCGCUGCUGUCGGGUCCCAACUCCGAGAAUGUGACCCCCACUACUCCCUCGUACCUGCAGGAUUCAAGUCCCCGAGCCGAACUACCUCCUCCCUACACAGCCAUCGCGAGCCCCGAUGCCGCCGGUGUGCCCGUCAUCAACUGCCGCGUUUGUCAGUCGCUCAUAAAUCUGGAUGGAAAGCUGCAUCAGCACGUGGUCAAGUGCACAGUCUGCAAUGAAGCCACGCCCAUCAAAACCCCCCCAACAGGAAAGAAAUAUGUGAGGUGUCCCUGUAACUGCCUGCUCAUCUGUAAAGACACGUCCAGAAGGAUAGGAUGUCCUCGACCAAACUGCAGACGGAUAAUCAACCUGAGCCCAGUGAUGGUCAUCCCGGAGGAGCAACCCGCCCAGCCGGCACUGCCCAUCCAACCCGAGGGGAUGAGGGUGGUCUGCGGUCACUGUGGCAACACCUUCCUUUGGUUGGAGCUUCGGUUUAACACGCUAGCCAAGUGUCCCCACUGCAAAAAAAUAUCCUCUGUUGGCAAUGCGCUCCCCCGGAGGCGCUGCUGUGCUUAUAUAACUGUAGGAAUGAUCUGCAUCUUCAUUGGAGUGGGUUUAACGGUUGGGACUCGGGACUUUGCCAAUCGUUACAAUGCCACCUACGUGUCCUGGGCGUUGGCCUACCUGCUGGGUCUCAUCUGUCUGAUACGAGCCUGCUACUGGGGCGCCAUCAAAGUCAGCUACCCGGAGAACAGCUUCGCCUAGAGCUGGGAAAACAAACCCCACUUUUAGUUUCUUUCCAUUCAGAUUUAUAACCGGUCAUGUUCGGAGCGUCCGGACAGGAGUGUGUUGGAGAGGCGUUGUGUGUGUUUGAAGAGGUGUAUCUUGAAUCCUGUUGUUUUCGUCUGGAAGGUUUUGGAGUUUUGACCCGCUGAACAAGCCUAAUGUAUGUCAAUCAGUCCUCCUACUAGUCCACAAGGACUCAAAUCCUGGCCAGGUUUUGCCAAAAUCCUCUAAAAUCCAGAAUCAACCGAAAAAAAUGUUGAUGUUUCUUUACAAAUGACAACAUAUUGUUUAAAUAGAAAAAGAAGAUAGUUUAGCUAACUGGUUGGAUUUGUUCUUUCUGGACCUUUUAUUGUUGUUGUUGUUGUUCAGCUCUUGGUUUCUUUUGUUACUGACCAGAGCAAAAUGAGCCAACCUCUUAAAAACAGUUUGCCCAAUGCACAACGAUUAUAUGCAAUUGUAUGUGUUGUUUUGCUGCUAGUUAAACUCCAGCUACAGAAAGCUGAGUACCCACACUGUAUUGUACUAUUUUAUCUUGCCUGUGUAUAACUGACAUAGUAUCGCUAUAUGAUUUUUAACUCUAAAUCAUCAGUUUUUUAAAACUAAUUCUUAAAUACCCAUUUGUGCCAACUUUGCUGCCCAGCAUUAUUCAAGAAGAGCAAAGGAUCAACAACGAAAGUGUUAAUUUGUUGGUGCCAUGCAGCUUUGAACUCACUCCAGCAAUAACCCUUGUGUUUGAGUUAUUUUGAACCGUACCUCACUUUCUGUUUUUCACUGCGCUUAUGUUGCCCUCUCUUUAAUAUGAUCCCAGAACAUGGGACUCAUGUCUGCAUGCUGACUUGCUUAUGCUCUGUCACUGAGGUGGAGUCGGUCAGUUUUCAGACAGGUAGCUGAAGCUUAUGAUGCUCUUGUCUUGGCUCCAUCAGCCGGAGAGUUAGAAUGUAAACCCUCCUCUUCCUCCCUCCGCUUAUAAUCGCCGCUCUGACCUCCGGUGACCUAGCUAGCUUGCAUCACGAUAGGCGUACUCGGCUUCCUGUCUCUUCACCUUGAUGCGUGGGCGCACCUCAAACUUCUAACCUUGUUUUGAAUGUGAUGAUGAUGAUGAUGAUGACAAAGCAAAACGCAAUGUUAAAGAACUCUUUGUACAUAGUUCAAAUUCAGUACUUGGACAACUGUAGUGAAAGGUGAAGGCAGAAGACGACUCGUGGGUCUUUUUCAAAAUGAUAAUUUAUCAAUAAAAUGCAAAAACUGCC